CGUCAUUCACCCACGUGACAACUUCCGCUGCGUUCGGGACGUUUUGACGCUGGUUUAUGAUUAGAGGCGGCGCACGGGGCUCGUCAUGGCGGCCGCCGCCGCAAUGGAGACAGAUGAGCAAGCAAGAAUUCGAUUCCAGUUGGAGUUGGAAUUUGUUCAGUGUCUGGCAAAUCCUAAUUACCUCAAUUUCCUAGCACAAAGAGGAUAUUUCAAGGAGAAACCAUUUGUGAAUUACCUAAAAUAUUUACUGUAUUGGAAGGAUCCAGAUUAUGCGAAAUAUUUAAAAUACCCCCAGUGCUUGCACAUGCUGGAGUUACUGCAGUAUGAACACUUCCGUAAGGAGCUGGUGAACGCGCAGUGUGCCAAGUUCAUUGACGAGCAGCAAAUCUUACAUUGGCAGCACUACUCUCGAAAGAGGAUGAGACUGCAGCAAGCCCUGGCAGAGCAGCAGCCGCAGAACAACACCAUUGGGAAAUGAAAGCCACGGUUCCCCCAGCACAACAUACGUCACGGUCUAUGGGAUGUGAAUGCUGCCCGGACACUGUCAGCCUUAUUAUGGCCUAUCAUAUAUAUACAUCAGAUAUGGGGAAGAGACCGCUUACUGUAUCUGGAUUUACUAACCCUUCACUCUGAUGACGAAAAUGACCAUUUAUAUCAUGUGCAGAAAUGAGAAGACUUAGAGAUUGGAGCGCACGGUCUAGAUUAGCUUUGAUAGUUCUAGAGAAGAUGAUUAUUGACCCAUCCUGAGGUUCUGUCUC